AACGUAAAUACUUUCAGGACAUUAUUUCGCAAAGGUAACGAUAAUCCAGUGGGUAUUGUCAAGCGUUGGCUGUUUAUUAUAAUAAAAUUGAAAUAAAAAGAAAAGAAACAAAAAAAAUGUCAACGGCUGAAAAGGAAUCCAUUGUAACCAUUAGACUUGCGGAACUGGCAGAUAUACCAGAAGUAUUUCAAAUGGUAAAGGAGCUUAUGGAUUACGUGAAAUUACCCCUAAACCUGAUGAUAGAUCAAGAAACGUUUCAAAAAAAUUACUCUGAAAAAGCCUUUAAUUGUUUUGUAGCACAAACACCCAAUGGAUCUUUGGUUGGAUAUUCUGCUUAUUGCCAAACUUAUUCUACUUAUGAAGGAAGCAUGUUUCACCUAAUUGAUCUCUAUGUGAGACCCCAGCAAAGGGGAAGUGGAAUUGGCAAACAAUUAUUUAUCACUACCAUGAAAAAAGGAUAUGAGCUUGGUUGUAAAGUUGCCUUAUUUUUCGUGCUACAAUGGAAUCCUGCGGUCAAUUUUUACAAAAAACUGGGUGCUAUUAAUGUAUCGGAAAAAGAUAAUUUUCACAUUUUUGAGCUGGAAUCAGAUAAUUUUAACAAACUAUGCUUCGAGUAAUAUAUUUUUUUAAGAAUUGUGAUUGAACAAUAAAUGAGGUUUGGUGAGAAAUUG